AUGGAGGGCCCUUUGUCGGUGUUCGGGGACCGCACCACUGGGGAAGCGAUCCGCUCCCAGAACAUUAUGGCUGCAGCUUCUAUUGCAAAUAUCGUAAAAAGUUCUCUUGGUCCGGUUGGCUUGGAUAAAAUGUUGGUGGAUGAUAUUGGUGAUGUAACCAUUACUAAUGAUGGUGCCACCAUCCUGAAAUUACUGGAAGUAGAACAUCCUGCAGCUAAAGUUCUUUGUGAGCUGGCUGAACUGCAAGACAAAGAAGUUGGAGAUGGAACUACCUCAGUGGUUAUCAUUGCAGCAGAACUUUUGAAAAAUGCAGAUGAACUAGUCAAACAGAAAAUUCAUCCCACGUCGGUUAUUAGUGGCUAUCGACUUGCUUGCAAGGAAGCAGUGCGCUAUAUCAAUGAAAACCUAAUUAUUAACACAGAUGAACUUGGAAGAGAUUGCCUGAUUAAUGCUGCUAAAACAUCCAUGUCUUCCAAAAUUAUUGGAAUAAAUGGUGAUUUCUUUUCUAACAUGGUAGUAGAUGCUGUACUUGCUGUUAAAUACACUGAUUCAAGAGGCCAGCCUCGCUACCCAGUCAAUUCUGUUAAUGUUCUGAAAGCCCAUGGGCGAAGUCAGAUAGAAAGCAUGCUGAUCAGUGGCUAUGCACUCAACUGUGUAGUGGGAUCUCAGGGCAUGCCCAAGAGAAUAGUUAAUGCAAAAAUUGCUUGCCUUGACUUCAGCCUGCAGAAAACAAAAAUGAAGCUUGGUGUACAGGUGGUUAUUACAGACCCUGAGAAGCUGGACCAAAUUAGACAGAGAGAAUCAGAUAUCACUAAGGAGAGAAUUCAGAAGAUCCUGGCAACUGGUGCCAAUGUUAUCCUAACCACUGGUGGAAUUGAUGACAUGUGUCUGAAGUAUUUCGUGGAGGCGGGUGCUAUGGCAGUUAGAAGAGUCUUGAAAAGGGACCUUAAACGCAUUGCUAAAGCUUCUGGAGCCACUAUCCUCUCAACCUUGGCCAAUUUGGAAGGUGAAGAAACUUUUGAAGCUACAAUGUUGGGACAAGCAGAAGAGGUGGUACAGGAGAGAAUCUGUGAUGAUGAAUUGAUCUUAAUCAAAAAUACUAAGGCCCGUACAUCUGCAUCGAUUAUCUUACGUGGGGCCAAUGAUUUCAUGUGUGAUGAGAUGGAGCGCUCUUUACAUGAUGCACUUUGUGUGGUGAAGAGAGUUUUGGAGUCCAAAUCUGUGGUUCCCGGUGGGGGUGCCGUGGAAGCAGCCCUUUCCAUAUACCUUGAAAACUAUGCCACCAGCAUGGGAUCUCGGGAGCAGCUUGCUAUUGCAGAGUUUGCAAGAUCGCUUCUUGUCAUUCCUAACACACUGGCAGUGAACGCUGCCCAAGACUCCACAGAUCUGGUUGCAAAGUUAAGGGCUUUUCAUAAUGAGGCUCAAGUUAACCCAGAGCGUAAAAAUCUAAAAUGGAUUGGUCUUGAUUUGAUCAAUGGUAAACCAAGAGACAACAAGCAAGCAGGAGUGUUUGAACCAACCAUAGUUAAAGUAAAGAGCUUGAAAUUUGCAACAGAAGCUGCAAUUACCAUUCUUCGAAUUGAUGAUCUGAUUAAAUUACACCCAGAAAGUAAAGAUGAUAAACGUGGAGGUUAUGAAGAUGCUGUUCAUUCUGGUGCCCUUGAUGACUGAUAAUGAUAUAAUUUAUAAUUUUAGAUGCAGUGUCUUGUAUCUUGAGAGUUACACAUUAAAGUACACAAGGCUGAUAACUUGUGUUCCUGUGAACUCAGA